AUGGCUACACCAGUUAAGUUCCCAGAUGGGAUGCCUUAUCCUAUUACUAUUUCGAAAUUAAUUGCCCCUGUCGGGAGUUAUAUUAAUAAAGGCGAUAGGCUAUUUGCUUAUAAAUUUUGGUAUCUUGUUGAGAUUGCAAAAUCUCCAGAUGAAUUGGAUGUCAAUGGGAAUGUUCAAGAUGGUGAACAAUCCAAGAAGACUAUUAGAGAAUCUAUUGAUUUUUUUGAUGCACCAUUUGAAGGAACAAUUAUAGGCUGGAAUGUUGACGUUGGAGAUGAGAUUGUCGAGCCAGGUAGAAUUGUUUGCGAAGUUAAAAGACCUUGUGACCAUGAUAUUGUGUAUGCUGGCAUAUGUACCAUGUGUGGUAAAGAAGUUGACGAACGUGAUCAAGUUAGUGCUAAUUUGACAAUUUCUCACACUGAUACAAAUUUGAAGGUCAGCAGACAAGAGGCUAACAAUAUUGGACAAACAAAUAAGUCAAGAUUGAUACGAAGCAAAAAAUUAAUUCUUGUGGUAGAUUUAGAUCAGACUGUUAUUCACUGUGGUGUAGAUCCCACCAUUUCUGAAUGGAAAAAUGAUCCGUCAAACCCCAAUUACGAAACGUUAAGAAAUGUCAAAUCGUUUGUUUUGGAAGAGGAAGCAAUUUUACCCCCAAUGUACAUGGGUCCAAAACCUCCAGUACAUAAAUGUUCGUAUUAUGUUAAAGUGAGGCCUGGCUUAAAAGAAUUUUUUGAAAAAGUUGCACCAAUAUAUGAAAUGCAUAUUUAUACUAUGGCUACUAGAGCAUACGCCGAAGAAAUUGCAAAGAUAAUAGAUCCAGAUGGUAGCUUAUUUGGAAAUCGUAUACUAUCUCGUGACGAAAAUGGUUCAUUGACGCAUAAGUCACUAGAGAGAUUAUUUCCUACGGAUCAGUCAAUGGUAGUGAUUAUUGACGACAGAGGUGACGUUUGGAAUUGGUCACCUAACCUAAUAAAGGUAACACCCUAUAAUUUUUUUGUGGGCAUUGGUGACAUUAAUUCUAAUUUUUUACCUAGGCAACAAGCAACAAUGUUACAAAUGGGUAGAAGAAAUCACAAUGCAGAAAAGGAAAAGGAAUCGGAAGAGUUAUUGACUGAUAUUAUUGAUACUGAAAAGAAAUUACAAGAAAAAAUUGAUAAAGAAGUUAAACGUCAAGAAGCAGAUUUAACUCAUAAAUCUGCAGCGUUGGGUGAAGAAGCAGUUGCUCAAGUUAGGAAUGGUGAUAUUACUAAGAAGAUUGAAUUCUCAGCAUCGUUAGAAGUUCAACAACAGAAUAGACCCCUUGCAGAAUUGCAAAAACAUAUGCACAAUCAACAAUUAUUAAGAGAUGAUGAUGAUGAACUAUCAUAUUUGAAGGAAAUUCUUGCUACCGUCCAAUCAGAAUUUUAUAAAGCAUUAGAAUUGAAAAAUGGCAAUAGUGACGAUACCAGUAUUCAAGAAUUGAUGCCAAAAUUGAAGAGGUCUGUCUUCAAAGAUUGUAAUUUUGUAUUUUCUGGUUUAAUUCCUUUGGGUACAGAUAUACAAAAAGCAGACAUUGUAUUAUGGACUAAAAUGUUUGGAGCUUCUUCUACUUCAAAUAUUACAGAAAAUACUACACAUGUUAUAACAAAAACUCCAGGAACUUUGAAAGCAAGAAUUGCCAAGUCUUUUAAUCCAUCUAUUAAAGUUGUUCACCCUGACUGGGUUUUUGAAUGUUUGUCCACUUGGAAGCAUGUAGAUGAAAAGUCUUUUGAACUAAAAGUUGAUCAGGUAGCUUCUGAGAGAGAGCUAGAAGAGUUUAAAAAAAAUCUAGAGAAAAGAAAUAAAAAUAAGUUGACUGAUGCUGUUAAUUUUUCUGGUGACUUAAACAAUGGUACAGCCACAAUGUCCAGUACUGAUAACGUAGUUGAUUUGUUUGCUGGAGGUUCGUCAUGGUUGGUUGAUGAUGAACUAGAAGAUGUUCUAGAUUCGGAAGACGAUAAUGAGGAUGAUUCCGAUGAGGAUGAAGAUGAAUAUGAUGAAUUUGCUGAUGUUAUAAGUAAAAGAGAGGAAAAGAAAAGGUCCGGAGAAGCAUUAGAAGAAAGCAAUAACAAAAAGCAACAUUUACAAGAUGAUGCCGAUGCAGCAUCCGCUAAAUCUGAAUCUGAAUCUGAUUUAGAUUUAGAAUUAUUAAAUGCAUUAGACGAUAGUGAUUCAGAAUAG